AGAUAGCAUAGUUAGAAAUAGAAAUCCAACAACCACCAAAUGAGUAUUUUUCCUCGUCCGGCAUCAGGCGGUGGGGACCACCCUGACUCACGGUAUAGGCGAAUAAGAGUCGUGGGUGAGGGAAGUUUCGGAAAAUGCUACCUAGUGGCGGACCGAAAUUCUGGCAUUAUGAAUGGAGCAGGUUGUAGGUGAUUGAUUCUUAGCGUGAAAAGAGUACUUAGUUACUACAGACAGUUACAACUUGUUCUGUUAUAAAUCAUGAUGAACAUCGAAAGAACGCUGCAACGUGACAGUGGUUUGUUUUGUCAAAAAUAUACAACUCGUUUUGUUCGAAGGAAUUGGCUUAUGUUCUUGUACCUCCUGUAGCGUCGAUCCAUGUCAUUUCAAAUCCCUCUUUCAUACAUCCAGACUUCAACAGCAAUGGAAUAGUAGAGCGUCAAAAGCAUUUUAUCCAGAAAGUUGUGGAUUUGGCGAGGAUGUCGGAAAGGGAAAAGGAGGACACUCACCGGGAAGUCCAACUGUUGCACAAGCUGAAACAUCCGUAUAUUAUCAGGUAAGAAAUUGCAUGUAGUUGUACAGUUUUAUGUAUGAGCUACUCUUUGGCGCUGUAGUGAUUCUUUAGAAGUAGAUUUUUCGAUCUUUUGAUAGUAUGUGGGUGCAGGAAACGGUAGAAUUUAAUAAUUCCAGUUGUGUCCACCUCAGUCUCUCUCUCCUCUCUCUACCUCCAUAUCAAUCUCUCCACCAAAAAUUUAUCGACAAGAACAGACACUGAUCAAAAAUUUUCAGAUACCGCGAGUCGUACGUGGCCAUGAAUCGUUUGUGCCUAGUAAUGGACUUUGCUGAAGGGGGAGACUUGUACUCCCGAAUCAGACGGCAGAAGAAAGAAGUUCGUGCGCCUUUUCCCGAGAAUUUGGUUCUGCGAUGGUUCACGCAGAUUUCGUUGGCGGUAUAAUUCUGAAUCUCUUCGGGAACGACGUUUCGUGACCUCUACUAUUCAAAGAUGGUAUGGUGCUAGCUAGUUAGCUUUGAAAAUCAACAUAUCCCGAUUAAGUCCCCGAAACUUCACACGCUGCGACGUCACUUCUUGAUGCUGGUCCUUUUCUUACAGAUUAAGUAGUCAUUUGCAAUUGCUUGCAACAGGUGAAGUACAUCCACGACCAAAGGAUUUUACACCGCGACUUGAAGACGCAGAACGUUUUUUUGACAGCCAGGGACACGAUCAAGAUCGGAGAUUUUGGCAUUGCGAGAGUUCUUUCCCAUACAGCAGACGUCGCUAAAACCGCUAUCGGCACUCCCUUCUAUUAAGGCUUAUACCAAAUUUUUGCAUCCUUCCCUCAUCCAUCAUUUUUGCACGACUACCAUUCUUGACUUAGUCACCUUCUAAUAGGAAAGAGGGCGUCAAGGAUGAUGUGAAGCUUGUAACUGCGCAACCUCUAACUCUGCAUGUCUCCAGAGAUCUGCCAAGCAAGGCCCUACGACUACAAGAGCGACGUGUGGGCUUUAGGGUGUUGCCUCUACGAGAUGCUGGCCUUGAGACACGCUUUUGACGACGAGAGUAUGCGAGGGUUGGUGAUGAAGAUACUGCGGGGAGAAUAUACCAGAAUUAUUACGGCUCAAUAUUACAAUUCAUUAUCAUUUCUCCAAGCCAUUUAUUUCUCACCCUGUUUUGUUCUUGGGACGAUGGGGAGAAAUGCAGAAAGAAAGAAGGGAAUUGCUUCAGCUCUAAGAUCACAUCGUCUAGAGGUAGUAGCAAUUUGAGGAAAGAGUUGGUGGAAGUAGUAGAGGACGCUUUGAACUUGGAUCCAAAGAGACGACCGCAUGUGCGAGAACUGCUGAAUAAGCCGAUUUUGAGACAUGAGAUCUUUCGCUUGCUGCAGGAGGACGCAGCCAGAGCAGCGGAACGGAGCAGUGGGGUAGCUGUCUCGGCCGGUCGUGAUUGUGCAGCGGUGGCUGAGUCGUCUGCGGAGCCUACAAAGCCGUCCGUAGUGUCACAAAGUGCGACUAGCACUCACAAGGAUGCAUCCGAUGGUGCUGCAGCGUCAGGAGCUGAUCGAGGACAGGGAAGGAUGCCGAACAAGGAACUACAUCUCAAGAAGAACGGCAACGUUGAAGCGACAGAUCAUACUUCCCAUAACGUUAAGAAAUCUGUUUUCCACCUUCCUACAAAGGCAGAACGACCAUCGUCUUCGCAACAACGAAGACUUUCGUCAGGUGUCGUAGAUGAUCCAUCACAGCAAGGGCAAGGCAGCCAACAACGCAAAAGAUCUUCUGCCGACUUUCAUCUGCCAGCACCUAGCGUUUCAGCUAGUCCACAAAAGCCACCUUUGAAUGCACCUCGAUCGUCUCGACCAGUCUCGCGAGUCCGCGUAGCAGUGUCUUCGCGUAUCGAUGCGGUAGCAUUACGGAUGCGACGUGAGAUUCGUGAAAAGGAGAGUAGAACUACUCUUAAAAAUCAACAAGUACUAGAACUACCAGGAGAAGAGGAGCGUAAUAUUCUUGCAGCUCCUGAUAAGAACAAUUAUGUUAAGCUCCCACCUACAGCUACAGCAACUCCACGACCUGCUGCACCAAUCUCCGCUGUGAGGGCUUCAACCCCACCAGCAAGUGCGCGUAAAAGCGCGAUAAGCAGAAGUCCGAUGUUGGUGCCUUCUCGUGGUUCCUCAAAGAGAGAAUCUGACUCUACUGUGUCAAGAAAAAGCUCAACAUAUUACCACCGUCAUUCUAGUGCUCCGGCCGGGGGGAAGGUUGUCGCGGCUGAUGACCACACUACUAGGAAUAAAGAGCACAACUACUCGUCUGCCUCUAGUAGGAAACAGGUGAUGCCAGACGCAUCAUCUUCUUCUGCGAGAAGGCAAAUAACACCACGAUCAUCUUCUUCUGCGAAAAAGAAACCAGAAUCAACACGAUUACCUAAAACAUCAAGAGAGAUCGUUGAAGAUCAGCAUCGUCGGGACAUCUUAGAUGGCGGAAAGAAGGUUCUUUCUGCUUUAGAAGCUGCACGUGCCGAAUAUUUGAGGCGAAAGGAAGCGCUAGAUGCGUUGCAGGAACGCAUGAGGACGAAACCUAGUAAUUCCUCAUCUGAGAACGAGAACAAGAAAGUGACGCAUCGAGAUGAAACGAGUAAACAUGUCCCUUCAUCUGGUGCAUCUUCGAGUCCACCCUUGAAACAUCAAGAUUUGAACGCGUAUUUGCGAGGUGGAAUUGACGCAGUGCGAGAGAGAUGGCGCCAAAAAGCGGAAGCGGAUGCUAAGGGUACCUAGAAAUUCUGACAUCAUGUUUGCGAUUCAGAAAGGUCCUUGUUCGGCUUAAGGUUCCAAUCUCUCAGAAGAGAUUGGGGAAGAUUCGUAGAACUCAGAAGAGAUUCAGGGAAGUCGUAGGUCCAAUCCGAAUUGACUAGCAUCGUCGUCAAGUUUCCAAUCUCGCCAAAUCUCACACCCUCAGUGAAUCCUGAAGCCGCAAUUUACGCUGGGCACGGUCACGAUCAGGAUCAGCAGUAUAAGCAGGCACGAGCACCAGUUGCAGGUGACGACGACACCACGCUAGAGAUUCUUCCACCGAAGAACGGAUCUAGUUGUAGUAAUUGUACCACGACGGUGGUGGAGAGUACGGGGAAAAGCAAGGUCGCGAGUUCAGAGCAACAGCCAACAAUUGUACGAAGAGUACGCGCGCGUAUGUUGCAUUACCGCUCGCCUGGAUCCACUGGUCGUUUCCAGCUGUCGAACAAGGAUGAAUCUAGUUGUACAACAGCAGCAGAAGAAACGAUGAAGUUCCAACCUAUGCAACGCACUACUGAGAAGGGUGUUGAGCAGUCUGCAACCACGACUGGUGGUACCUCUUCAAAGAAUACUUCUAAGGAAGCUCCCGCACGACCUUACGACGAGGCGGAAGACGUGUAUUUCACUGGCAUAGAGGUACUAGACAAGAGUCGUGUAGGUGUACCGGACGACAAUAACCUGGAGAACAUCAAUCCAGAUCAUGAGUACUUUACAGCCUUCGAAAUUCCGGGUGGAAAGGCAGCUGCUACUUUGCUUGAUGCUGAUACUGACGAGCGUAUUCAGGGAUACGGAGUUGGCGCGAAGAACAACAACAACAAAGCAGACGACCACGACAAGCGCAACCUGCACCAGGAUGUCCAGAUGAACAAUAAUAAUGAUAGUAGCCUCAUCGUCUUGGUAGCAGAACCAGCGCAGAAAACGGAUGGGAGUUUGGGUUUGUCGAAAACUCUGGAUAUCGAUAUUCCACCAGCUAAAGGUGGCGCAGAAAAUGAAGCUCCUGUUAAGAAACAACAAUACGACUUUCUCUUUUACCCAGAAUCAGAACCAAGAAAGGGUGCUUCUACAACUGCUGAAAACAAGAGCAAGAGAAACACAAAGACCACGGAAGUAGAACAAGUGUGGGAGUUGAAAAUGCAGCACCAGGAUGAAAAACAUCAUCAAAGAACAGUAGAGAAGCAUAAACAAGAACAGAAUUUUUCUGAUCGCCCUCUUACAUCACAUCUUCAACAACAUGAACAACAAGCAGCACAACUUCUAAAGGACCUCGAUCAGAAACCACUACCACGAGAAACAUAUCCAUCAACUAAAUCAACAAGAAGUCCUCCAACCUCCCACGUUCCAGUGAAAUUCCUCCACGAGAACAAAACCCUGCUACUUCCCAAUUUCGCCAAGGGCGAUUCGAUUGCUUACAGACUCGAGUGCGUGAAGGCUUAUCUGGAGGACCAGUUGGGAUUGACACGGUUGCUCUUCAUCUAUCGUGCACUGGACCGCGACGAGGAAGACGACUCGACGAUCAAAUUAGGAGGCAGGACCGGGCAUUACUUCUCUCUGAUACAACAGUUGCGAGGCUGUGAACAGAAUUUUUGGAUGAAUCAAGAGGUGGGGAUGAAUGGAAGGGAUAUAUUAUUAUGAAGUAGAGGUGGGUGGAAAAAGCAGUUGUGAGAACAUGAAAAUGAACAUUAUAGCAAUAGCAAUAGAAAUUACUUGCACAACAGGUGGAAUAAAAUCGUUGGGGAGCAGUGGCAGUGGGGGACGGUACAUAGGAACUACAGGGGGAUGAAGUAACACAAGUCAAACUUCUUUCAGGGAAGUAAAGCAUUUUUGCCCUCAUACAACAUUCGUAAGUACUAGUUUUUCUCAAACCGUGUCAGUUUCUCCAUGGACAAGAAUGAGUAUACACUGAAAAGUUAUUGAACAGUGCGUUUCGAAUUCGAUCUUCGCCGUGAGAGUUGUUAUUUCCAAGAAGUCCACCAGUCUCAAUUUUUGCAUGAUCGUAGAACAAGUCUUGUUGUAGUCAACAUAGCAUAUCAACAUAGAGUAUCUCCAACAACCUUAGUUUUAGUAGCAUGAUUAGUCGUUUUUGAAAUUCAUUGAUCGUUUCCGAGUCCGGAGGAGCACCGUAUUGUAGUCAAAUGCCGGCAACUACCUGUAAGAUCACAAAAACACAAACAUCGAACUUCUGCUUUGUCUCUGGUAGUUUCUCUUCAUUGAACAGCUUUCAUUAGACGCAAACUGUA